UGGGAUUCAAAAGUUGAAACAUUACCACCACAUGCUGUGGUUUGUUAUGCUUCCUACGCAAAACAUAUGAAGCAGCGUAUUUCUAGCAGUGUUCCGAGAUGGACUGGAGUCAACUCACACCUGAUCUGCUGUUUCUUGUGUUGAAAUUGCUGAAACCGAGGGAGAGGCUGACUUGCUCGCUGGUGUGUCGCACCUGGUACGAUGCGAUUUCUAUGUAUCCGAUCCUGCUGAAUGACUACGUGGUGAAGAUAAACCCCAGAAGCGCAAGGGAAGUGCAGCGUCUUAUAGGCGCGAGUAAACGCCAAUUCAGACAGCUUUACGUUGAGCUGGAAGCAAACGAUUACAGUGUGGGGGAGUGUGUAACGGAAGCGGUUCACCGAGUCGACAUCCAAUUCCUGUGGCUGAUUGGAGAACCAGAACACGUGAAGUUUUUCAUGGAAUCACAAACCACCAUGUUCGCUUCGCUGACCGAACUGAGGCUGGAGUUCUCGGCGAAUACCUCCUGGGAGGUGUACGCGUCGCUUAAUGUGUUCCUGGAGAAUCUGAAAGAAUUUCACUACCUGCAGAUUUAUGGCCCCAACCCGGAGCAGGUGAUAUUUAAUUUGAUUGCCCCCAAGUUAGAGAAAGCUUACAUACUGCUGGAUUCGUUGGCGAACGAGGAGAUCGCUUACUGGGAGGAUCCCCUAAUUGAGCUUCGGGAAUGCACACAACUAAAAUCGCUGUAUGUGGAUUUGAAAGGAUCCAUGUGGGAUAACUUUUUCGACGUUGAGCGAGUUCACCUGGAACGAUUGGUGCUCCGAAGAGCUAUCGAUGAGAUUGACACUCGGGACUGGAACCGACUGUUCAUUAACAUGCCAAAUCUUCGCUAUGUUGAGUUUAUUUGCUCCACCAAUGCCAUGCUGACCAGUUUGAGGCGCUACUGUAACAAAAUACAGUCGCUACAAAUAACGGGAUUCAACUUUUACGACGGAAACUUUGCAAGCUGCUUGAGUAUGCCCACACUCGAACAAGUUCACUUGGAUGGAUGGAUGAACGGUGGAAUUUUUACCGGGGAAACUAUGCUCCAGUUGAACAACCUGAAGGAACUGACGUGGAAGUACGCGGAAUUAACCGCUGCUAUGGGAAGCUUUCGACUGGUAACACCGGCUCUCAAAAGCGUCACGCUUCGCGGUUGCGAUUACCGGAAGUUCCUGUUGCACGUAGAGGGUAACCGCUUGGAGUCAAUCGAUUUGGAUUGCUAUGACGACCAGUGGCAAGAAAUACCCAGCUUUUUCGCCUGCUUAGACAACCUCCAGCAGCUGACUCUGAACACAAACACCAAGGCACUGAGGCUGGUGCAAACGAUCGGACCACUUGCACAGCUCAAACGUUUGGAGGUGUUUUGCUAUACGGAACGAAACGAAAACGAAUGCAACGCUCUGUUCGCGGGCUUGUGCGCCAUCUGUCCCCAACUCGAGUGGUUCUCGCUGGUGAAGGAGAACCUGGGUGAGCUCAUCCUGAGCUGUGAAUGUUUGCUGGAAUUGAAGCAAAUGAGGGCGCUGAAAUAUCUGACGCUGCGAUAUAUAACCAUUCGUGACGCCAAACAUGAGAUUCGUAUAGAUAAUUUGAUCCACCUAGAGGUGUCGAGUUGUGUGCUGUCUGGUAGUGGAGAAUCAUUCCCCAUCGUGUCGGCGAAUGUAGGAAAUGUUUUGUAACGGAAAUUGCGGUCGGAGACGUGAUUGAAUGUUAAUUGAACAGGCGCCGCAGUACAAAGAAAAGUUUUAGAAUGCAAAAUAACUUGAUUUCGUUUCAUAUAUUUUUUCAUCACAUAGCGUUAGUUUUUUUUAUAUUUAUAUGAAAUAAAUUAUGUGAUAUUUAAUAAA